UGAUUUCAGGACGUCAUUGAAUCUGUAUAGAUCUACAUUCAGGAUCCAACAGCGGUAGAAAUACAGUACAUUUACUCAAGUACUGUACUGAAGUACAAUUCCCAGAUUGUGUGCGAGCUGAUGUGAGUUCAGCAGCAUGAGUCGGUGUGAGGAAGAUGAGCGUCAGACCAGCACUCAGAGCCCAGAGCAGCAGGGCACACCGGAAUCUGCUGGACCUGGACCCGAGCCCAGCUGUGUCUCCCUCAGGAGUGACCGCUCAAUGCAACUCCCCAUCAGUUUUAAACGUUUGUCUGACAGACAGAUCUAUGGGAGACCAGGCGCUGCUGAACCUGAUCCUGGACCUGAACUUGGAUCCACCUGUAUGUCCUUCAACAGCGAGCGGUCAAAGGUUCGCCUCAUUGACUUGAAAGGACAGCCGCCGUCUGCUGCGAGGGGGAUCUAUGAUCCAGAGGAUCCAGCCUCUGCUGCACCUGAACCUGAACCUGGAUCCAGCUGUGUGUCCUUCAAGAGCGACGGGUCAAUGGGUCGCUUCAUUGACUUUAAAGGACCACAGCCCUCUGCUGUGAAGAGGAUCUAUGGGAUUCCAGCCUCUGCUGCACCUGAACCUGAACCUGAACCUGAACCUGGAUCCAGCUGUGUGUCUUUCAAGAGCGACGGGUCAAUGGGUCGCUUCAUUGACUUUAAAGGACCACAGCCUGCUGCUGCGAAGAGAGUCCACCAGGAGAGCUCAGAGGUUCCCAGUGUUCAGUCUGCCCAGCAGCAUCAGACUCACCUGGACUCCAUAUUUAUGCUGCUGGAGGAGAACAUUGUCACUUUCGUGAAAGACGAGUUAAAGAACUUCCAGAAGCUUCUUGGUUCAGGUUACCCAGAAUGCUUCGAGAGUGAGAGGGAGGAUGAGGAGGUGUUGGUUGGUGAGGAUGAAGAGCAGAGGAGGUGCAGCAGACAGGCAUUUCUGAAGAUCACACAGCACUUCCUGAGGAGGAUGAAGGAGGAGGAUCUGGCUGACCGUCUGCAGAGCAAACAUUGUGCUGCAGUUUGUCAGCGUCAACUUAAAUCCAACCUGAAGGAGAAAUUCCAGUGUGUGUUUGAGGGGAUUGCUAAAGCAGGAAACCGGACCCUUCUGAAUCAGAUCUACACAGAGCUCUUCAUCACUGAGGGGGGGACUGGAGAGGUCAAUGAUGAACAUGAGGUCAGACAGAUUGAAACAGCAUCCAGGAAACCACGCAGACCAGAAACAACAAUCAGACAUGAAGACAUCUUCAAACCCUCACCUGGAAGAGAUGAACCAAUCAGAACUGUGAUGACGAAGGGCGUGGCUGGCAUUGGGAAAACAGUCUUAACGCAGAAGUUCACUCUGGACUGGGCUGAAGACAAAGCCAGCCAGGACAUACAGUUCAUGUUUCCAUUCACUUUCAGAGAGCUGAACGUGCUGAAAGAGAAAAAGUACAGCUUGGUGGAACUUAUUCAUCACUUCUUUCCUGAAACCAAAGAAGCAGGAAUCUGCAGGUUUGAGGAGUUCCAGGUUGUGUUCAUCUUUGAUGGUCUGGAUGAGUGUCGACUUCCUCUGGACUUCACCAACAAUGAGAUCCUGACUGAUGUUACAAAGUCCACCUCAGUGGAUGUGCUGCUGACAAACCUCAUCAGUAGGAAACUGCUUCCCUCUGCUCGCCUCUGGAUAACCACACGACCUGCAGCAGCCAAUCAGAUCCCUCCUGAGUGUGUUGACAUGGUGACAGAGAUCAGAGGGUUCACUGACCCACAGAAGGAGGAGUACUUCAGGAAGAGAUUCAGAGAUGAAGACCAGGCCAACAGAAUCAUCUCCCACAUCAAGACAUCACGAAGCCUCCACAUCAUGUGCCACAUCCCGGUCUUCUGCUGGAUCACUGGGACAGUCCUGGAAGAUGUGAUAAAGACCAGAGAGGGAGGAGAGCUGCCCAAGACCCUGACUGAGAUGUACAUCCACUUCCUGGUGGUCCAGUCCAAACUGAAGAACAUCAAGUAUGAUGGAGGGGCUGAGUCUGAUCCACACUGGACUCCAGAGCACAGGAAAAUGAUUGAGUCUCUGGGAAAACUGGCUUUUGAGCAGCUGCAGAAAGGAAACCUGAUCUUCUAUGAAUCAGACCUGACAGAGUGUGGCAUCGAUAUCAGAGCAGCCUCGGUGUACUCAGGAGUGUUCACACAGAUCUUUAAAGAGGAGAGAGGACUGUACCAGGACAAGGUGUUCUGCUUCGUCCAUCUGAGUGUUCAGGAGUUUCUGGCUGCUCUUCACGUCCAUCUGACCUUCAUCAACUCGGCAGUAAAUCUGCUAACAGAAGAACAAUCAACUGACAAUGAAUCUGCAGAGACACACUUCUACCAGAGUGCUGUGGACAAGGCCUUACAGAGUCCAAAUGGACACCUGGACUUGUUCCUUCGAUUCCUCCUGGGACUGUCACUGCAGAGCAAUCAGACUCUUCUACGAGGCCUGCUGAUACAGACAGGAAGUAACUCAAAAAACGAUCAGUUAACAGCCGAGUACAUCAAAAAGAAAAUUGAAGAGGUUCCCUCUGCAGAGCAAAGCAUUAAUCUGUUCCACUGUCUGAAUGAACUGCAUGACCGUUCUCUGGUGGAGGAGAUCCAACAUUACCUGAGUUUAGGAGGUAUCUCUACAAAUGAACUGUCUCCUGUUCAGUGGUCAGCUCUGGUCUUCAUCUUACUAUCAUCAGAGGAAGAUCUGGAUGUGUUUGACUUGAAAAAAUACUCUGCUUCAGAGGAGGCUGUUCUGAGGCUGCUGCCAGUGAUCAAAGCAUCCACGAAAGCUCUACUGAGUGGCUGUAACCUUUCAGAGGGAAGCUGUCAAGCUCUGUCCUCAGUUCUCAACUCACAGUGUGCCAGUCUGAGAGACCUGGACCUGAGUAACAACAACCUGCAGGAUUCAGGAGUGGAGCUGCUGUCUGCUGGACUGGAGAGUCCACACUGUACACUAGAAACUCUCAGACUGGGCGGUUGUAACCUCUCAGAGGGAAGCUGUCAAGCUCUGUCCUCAGUUCUCAGCUCCCAGUCCUCCAGUCUGAGAGAGCUGGACCUGAGUAACAACAACCUGCAGGAUUCAGGAGUGAUGCUGCUGUCUGCUGGACUGGGGGCUCCACACUGUACACUAGAAACUCUCAGACUGGGCGGUUGUAACCUCUCAGAGGGAAGCUGUCAAGCUCUGUCCUCAGUUCUCAGCUCCCAGUCCUCCAGUCUGAGAGAGCUGGACCUGAGUAACAACAACCUGCAGGAUUCGGGAGUGGAGCUGCUGUCUGCUGGACUGGGGGCUCCACACUGUACACUAGAAACUCUCAGGCUGUCAGGCUGUCUGAUCACAGAGGAGGGAUGUGUUUUUCUGGCCUCAGCUAUGAGCACCAACCCCUCCCAUCUGAGAGAGCUGGACCUGAGCUACAAUCAUCCAGGAGACUCAGGAGUGAAGCUGCUGUCUGCUGGACUGGAGGAUCCUGACUGGAAACUGGACACUCUCAGGGUGGAGCCUGCUGGAGUCCGAUGGUUGAGACCAGGUCUGAGGAAGUAUUCCUGUGAACUCACUAUCGACACAAACACAGUCAACAACAACAUCAAACUGUCUGAGAACCGCAGGGAGGUGACAUAUGUGGACCAGGAUCAGUCAUAUCCUGAUCAUCCAGACAGGUUUGAGCUGCAUCAUCAGCUGCUGUGUGGAACUGGUCUGACUGGUCGCUGUUACUGGGAGGUGGAGUGGAGAGGAGACGUUUCUGUAUCAGUGAGUUACAGAGGAAUCAGAAGGAAAGGAAACAGUAUAGACUGUGUGUUUGGAUUGAAUGAUCAGUCCUGGACUCUGGUCUGCUCUGAUGCUGGUUACACUGUCUCCCAUAGCAACAGAGGAGAAUCCAUCUCCUCCUCUGUCUCCAACAGGGUAGGAGUGUAUGUGGACUGGCCUGCUGGCACUCUGUCCUUCUACAGAGUCUCCUCAGACACACUGAUCCACCUCCACACCUUCAGCACCACAUUCACUGAACCUCUUUAUCCCGGCUUUGGGUUCUGUUUUUGGUCUGGGGUCUCUGUGUCUCUGUGUUCUCUGUAGGAGUUUCUGUUGAACAGACCAGUUGAGUCUGUGCAGCGUCAGUUACAUUAAUCUCUCGUCAUAAAUAAUAGCAAAAAUUCUGUUAUUUACAUUGUAAACUUCUUCCACUUCCAGUCCGUUAAAGAUGGAAGCGUGUGUAAAUUGUGGAUACGCUGCUGACUUCCACCUUCUGCCGUUAACUCUUUGUUGUAGUAUUGUGGCAUGAGGAAAGUGACGGCAACCUCCAAGACCCAAGACAGUGACCACAGCCAGAGCAAGACAGGCUUCCCUCAAUACACAACCUGAGGGACGUGGACCUCGUUAGUACCAGUCCACUUCAUUCAAAGAGCUCCUUUACCACGUACAAGUCUUCAGUUUGGACUAGUAGAAGUUUUGGGUAUUCAAUUCCAUGUUGUGAUACUAUUCGAGGAUUGAACUUUGAUUUAGAGUCAAGUCUCGUCUUUGAAAGUAGAAAAACAACUUUGAAAAUUGCUGUCAAAGACUUUUAGAAAAGUCUUCAAACUUCACUGGUCUGUGGUAAAUGACUGAAGAGAACAACACUUGAAAAACAGUUGCAAAGAUGUUUUUAAAAGCCUGUCCUGCUUUCAUGGUCUGGAUUGUGUCACCUACUUAUAACCAUCAAUACUUGUGACUGUUAAGUUAGUAAACCGGUUCCAUUUUUUGUUUCAUUUAGUUUUACUACCUUCUAAAGACGCUUUUCACCUGUUGCUAUAUUUUACCGUAAAGAUUUGACCACUUUGUCGUGGGAUCAAUUUUCUGGCCAACAGUAGUUAAAGUCCUGUUACUGUGAAGCGGAAGUGCCUCGGAACAACAACGGCUUGACCAUGAGGUGGUAGACCAAGCAGGCGCACUAAGCCGGGCCAACACGUGCCGGUAGCUUCAUGAAAUGGGUUUCCAAGGCCAAGCAGCUGCAGACAAGCCUCACAUCACAGACGGAUGUGAACCAACAGACAGAGUAAUGCAUUAAGUUCUUGUUUCACUGCAGGUUGCAGAUCGUCUCCUGCUUGGCUUUGAGGUGCGUGGUUUUGUAGACCAGAGACAGGAGAGAGUUGAGUUUGUGCGACCGGCUGUUGAGCAGGUCGUUGGGGUCUUGAUAUUCAUGUUUGAAGGGUAUUGUGAUGCUUCCCUGACCACGCGGAUGAACUGCCUAGUCAGCUUUUUAGCGCUGAGUCAAAGAAUGCUGCCACUGGACUCUGGUGUUCUUUGGAGAGAUGAAUCAUCUGGCCGCCUGAGUCUGGGUUUGGUGGAUGGUGGGAGAACACUACUUAUCAGAAUGUAAAGUUUGGUGAAGAUUGGAUCACCUCUCUGUGAAAUUAACCUAAAUUAACAGGCAUUAGUUUUUGCUGUGAUGCUUUAAUGCACUCUCUGGAUGCACCUUCUGGCCACUUCUGUAGCUGUUGGACAACAACGUCCCUCAACAAACACGUUGCCAGUAUUGUUGAUGUACUUGAUGUUUUAGCCAAGCUGACAUCUAUUAUUGAGAAUCCCUCCCACCCCCUGCAUGACACAGUGGGGGUGUAAAUGCUGUACUUACUUUAUACCCACCUUGUGCAAUUUCUGUCAAAACUGAAAUUCUCUACAAUUCUUGGCAGUAUAUCUUUAUGGCAAUAUAUAUUUUUAUCUUUUCUUAAAUAUAGACCUUUGUAUAAAAUGUACAUAUAUAUACUCAGCUUUUAUUUUUUAUUUUGUAUUUCUCUAUUCUGUUAUUUUUCCUACUGCUGU